AUGCAUCCAAGCAAUGGCAUUAAGAUGGCGUUCGUCAGCUUCAUCUGCUUCGUCCCAGGGAUCCUCGGUAACCCUGUGCCCUUUCCACCACGGCCCCCCACACUCAAGCUGCGAAUGGCACCUGCGACAAUCGUCGACAUAGGGGCGGACCACGCCUUCGCUGUACCCGGCAACAUCAACAGCUCCCUGUCAUUUGACAACGAAACCGGCCUAGGGAAGCGAGGCAUCGCCACCAAGUUACAAAAGAUAAGGUGUGGGAUCAACGGUGGCGGCCUCGCCAACUACGACGAGGGAAGAAAGAGGUUCGGGCGGUUCAUGAGCGACCUGGGUAGCGUGACACUCUCGGGUGUCAGGUUCGCGCUGCAGAAUGCGCUCUGCAACGAUGACACGUGCGACAUGAUCAUAGGCGCAUCUUUUGAGGUACCCGGCUGGUUGUUGGCUGGCCAGGUUGAGCAUUUCUUCGACAGGGCCUUUGAUGAUGUCCGCCAGGAAUGCAAGGAGAAGGGAGGCAGCGCCGAGCUCAUCGCCGACAACCCCAAGGCUAGCGAUGUCUGCGGCAUACCGACCUGCACUGCCGAUGGCAGGAUGGGGCUCAGGGUUGGUACCUUUGAAGCACAGUUCUAUGUCCAUGAUGGCGGAGAUACGUGCCCGGCUCCAACCGCUCAGCAGGUAUGUAAGGUGGAGCAGUUUAGCUAAGAUGCGAUUCUUCCGACAUGGAUCAUGGCGCAGUCGGUCAUAGAUUGUUGGGUUUCAAUGUCUCGGCCUUGCGUUUAUCAUUGUCAAG